GAUUUGAGAUUAUUAUAGAUUAUUUUAUUAUUGUGUUUGUGGUUUGUGGGUUAGCGGUUGAGCGUUGUUGUUUUUAAAAUGUGAUUUUUGAGUAUGCAGCAAGGGUAGUUUCUUAGAUUUGAGGGCUUUGAGUAAAUAAUCUGCGAUAGAAUUAUUUUAUUUUUCUUUAUAUGUUAUAUAUCCUGAAAUGAAGACUAAACAGUCAAUAAGUCCUGUAGAGGAACCAUAUAGCAAGAGGAGCAUGAGUUCCAGUUCAACAUGUUCAACAUUGAAAAGUGUCAAAGAUGAACACUGGGAUGGAGUUAACCAGGUGAAAAUGGAGAAUCAGUUAGUAGUUGGGGUUAAAUCCGAAAAACCAGAAGCAGAACCAACUGUGAACAACACAAACUUUGAAAAUAUGGACAUUUGGACACUAAAUGAAGAGUUUGAUAUCAAAAAUGAAUGUGAAAAUGCUGUAUCUAAUAGAAUUAAAGUUGAAGAGAAAUUAGAGUCUGGACUUGAAGCUCACUCGACAGCAGAUACAGUUAACCAGAUGAAAAUGGAGUUCCAAGAAUCUGAAAAGCUGGAAGAAAAACCAGAUUUAAGGAGCACAAAUCUUGAAAAUAUGGACGCGUUAGGGCUACAUCACGAAUUUGACAUCAAAACUGAGAGUGACCAAGAUGACAGGCAUGAUUCGGCGUCCGAUAGCGUCCAAAUAAAGAUAAAGCGGGAAAAGGAACAACGAAAUCCACCGAUCGAAGAAGGAAAACAGUCGUUCAGCUGCUAUAUUUGUAACUAUACGAGCCAUUGUAAAAAGGGUUUGAUCGGUCAUAUCAAAAGGAACAAUUGCUAUUUACGAUCUAAUUUGGGAAAAUCACGAUCUGUAUCCAGAAAACAGUAUCUGUAUCGUUGUAUCAAAUGUAGGAAGGUGUUCAAAAGCAAAACAUCACUAGAUAAUCAUUUGGUUAAAAAGCAUGUAGGAUCUAUUGCGUUAGUUCCAUCUAAAAUACAUGAAUGCACAUUCUGUGAUUUUAAAACCGCUUAUAAAAGGCCUUUAAACAGCCAUAUGCUAAAGCAUACUACUAAACUACGCAUAUGCAAACAUUGUAAUACAUCAUUUAAAACAGAACGAUCGCUUUUUGACCAUAUUUCAAAGAGACAUCCCAACUUUAGCGGGACAGUUUCUAGUAAGAUAUAUGAAUGUAUGCAUUGUCCACAUAAACAAAUAGCUAGGAGUAGUUUUAUAAGGCACCUGGCAAGACAUGAUACUCAAACGACUUUCAAAUGUAAUAACUGUGAUGCUUCAUUCAAUACUAAACGACGCUUAGAAAACCACGUCAUACAGAAACAUCCUAAAUUUGAGUCAUCCGUGUCUUGUAAAAUACAUAAAUGUACCCAUUGUGAAUAUAAAACUAUAUAUAAGGAUUAUUUAGUUAGCCAUAUGAUGAAACAUACUGGUGCUAAGCUCAAGUGUACAAAGUGUGAUAAGUCAUUUACAACUAUACGAACAUUAGACGAUCACAUUUUGCGGAAACAUCCUGAGUUGACUACUUCUGUAUCUCGUAAGAUACAUAAAUGUACCCAUUGUGAAUAUAAAACUAUAUAUAAGGGGCAUUUAGUUAGCCAUAUGAUGAAACAUACCGGAGCUAAGCUCAAGUGUACAAAGUGUGAUAAGUCAUUUACAGCCACACUAUCAUUAGACGAUCACAUUUUGCGGGAACAUCCUGAUGUUGCUGCUUCUGUAUCUCGUAAGAUACAUAAAUGUACCCAUUGUGAAUAUAAAACUAUAUAUAAGGAGUAUUUAGUUAGCCAUAUGAUGAAACAUACUGGAUCUAAGCUCAAGUGUACAAAGUGUGAUGCGUCAUUUACAACCAUACGACCAUUAGACAAUCACAUUUGGCGGAAACAUCCCGAGUUUACUACUUCUGUAUCUCGUAAAUUACAUAAAUGUACACAUUGUGAAUAUAAAACUACAUAUAAGGGGUAUUUAGUUAGCCAUAUGAUGAAACAUACUGGAUCUAAGCUCAAGUGUACAAAGUGUGAUGCGUCAUUUACAACCAUACGACCAUUAGACAAUCACAUUUGGCGGAAACAUCCCGAGUUUACUACUUCUGUAUCUCGUAAAUUACAUAAAUGUACACAUUGUGAAUAUAAAACUACAUAUAAGGGGUAUUUAGUUAGCCAUAUGAUGAAACAUACUGGAGCUAAGCUCAAGUGUACAAAAUGUGAUAAGUCAUUUACAAUCAUACAAUCAUUAGAUCAUCAUAUUUUGCGGAAACAUCCUGAAUUUACUACUUCUGUAUCUCGUAAGAUACAUAAAUGUACACAUUGUGACUAUAAAACUAUAUAUAAGGAGUAUUUAGUUAGCCAUAUGAUGAAACAUACUGGAUCUAAGCUCAAGUGUACAAAGUGUGAUGCGUCAUUUACAACCAUACGACCAUUAGACAAUCACAUUUGGCGGAAACAUCCCGAGUUUACUACUUCUGUAUCUCGUAAAUUACAUAAAUGUACACAUUGUGAAUAUAAAACUACAUAUAAGGGGUAUUUAGUUAGCCAUAUGAUGAAACAUACUGGAGCUAAGCACAAGUGUACAAAGUGUAAUGCCUCAUUUACAACUACACUAGCAUUAGACGAGCACAUUUUGCGGAAACAUCCUGAAUUUACUACUUCUGUAUCUCGUAAAUUACAUAAAUGUACACAUUGUGAAUAUAAAACUACAAAUAAGGGGUAUUUAGUUAGCCAUAUGAUGAAACAUACUGGAGCUAAGCUCAAGUGUACAAAAUGUGAUAAGUCAUUUACAAUCAUACAAUCAUUAGAUCAUCAUAUUUUGCGGAAACAUCCUGAAUUUACUACUUCUGUAUCUCGUAAGAUACAUAAAUGUACACAUUGUGAAUAUAAAACUACAUAUAAGGGGUAUUUAGUUAGCCAUAUGAUGAAACAUACUGGAGCUAAGCACAAGUGUACAAAGUGUAAUGCGUCAUUUACAACUACACUAGCAUUAGACGAGCACAUUUUGCGGAAACAUCCUGAAUUUACUACUUCUGUAUCUCGUAAAUUACAUAAAUGUACACAUUGUGAAUAUAAAACUACAAAUAAGGGGUAUUUAGUUAGCCAUAUGAUGAAACAUACUGGAGCUAAGCUCAAGUGUACAAAGUGUAAUGCGUCAUUUACAACUACACUAGCAUUAGACGAUCACAUUUUGCGGAAACAUCCUGAAUUUACUACUUCUGUAUCUCGUAAGAUACAUAGAUGUACCCAUUGUGAAUAUAAAACUAUAUAUAAGAGGCAUUUAGUUAGCCAUAUGAUGAAACAUACUGGAGCUAAGCUCAAGUGUACAAAGUGUAAUGCGUCAUUUACAACUACACUAUCAUUAGACGAACACAUUUUGCGGAAACAUCCUGAAUUUACUACUUCUGUAUCUCGUAAGAUACAUAAAUGUACACAUUGUGAAUAUAAAACUACAUAUAAGAAGUAUUUAGUUAGCCAUAUGAUGAAACAUACUGGAGCUAAGCACAAGUGUACAAAAUGUGAUAAGUCAUUUACAAUCAUACAAUCAUUAGAUCAUCACAUUUUGCGGAAACAUCCUGAGUUUACUACUUCUGUAUCUAGUAAGAUACAUAGAUGUACCCAUUGUGAAUAUAAAACUAUAUACAAGAGGCAUUUAGUUAGCCAUAUGAUGAAACAUACUGGAGCUAAGCUCAAGUGUACAAAGUGUGAUGCGUCAUUUACAACUACACUAUCAUUAGUCGAUCACAUUUUGCGGACACAUCCUGAUUUUACUACUACAUUUGCAAGAAAGGAAUACUUAGACAACCGCACUUUUGGGAAACAGCCUGAGCUUAUCGCUUCUGGGGGCAAAUUGAAAAAAUCUCUGGAUCGUACCAAUUUCAAUAUGUCGAAUUAUGAUAACUAUGAAUGCUGUAAUGUGACAUUUGAUUGUAAAUCGACAUUUGAUGAUCAUGUAAUAAAAAAUCAUGCAGAUAUCAUUCGAUGAACUAUGAAAAAAUAUCAUAUAAAAUACCGAUAAUGAUCUCAUUCAUAAGAAUAUACUCAUACAGGAUUUCCUGAAAGUUGGGAUUUUCAUUUUAAGGAAUAACUACGUUUGAAAUAACAAAGCUAAUGUACGGCAAAAUAGCAGCGAAAAGGUCAGUAAGAAAUUGAAGAAAAAUACUCGCUAUUCAUAUUUUCAAGUACUGCCCUGUUACAUGUUUGUAAACACUGCUUGACGUUAUUGCUUUAGGAAAGAAUGAGGAUAUUACGCGGACAGCAAAUUAAAAAAAUCUCUUGAAGAUGGCAUUUGAUGAGAUGAGCGGGAAGAUGGGCAUGAGCUUCGACAGAAGGAGCACGUAUCUAUUCGCUCAGCACUACAGACGUACGAACUUUUUUAUUUAUCAACGAUAUUUUUAUUUCCCGAAUUGUUCGCUACAAGUUGUAAAUCGGCAAGGAGGCCUCUAUGUUAGCAAAUAAAGUGAUAACGCAGUUAACGCUGUCUUCCUACCCCUUAUCCCUAGUCAGCUUAACUGGAGAACUAUUUCAUAUUUGACAAUGCGUCGAGUUGUGAUAUUUAGGAAUGCUGUAAUGAGACAUUUGAUUGUAAAUCGACAUGUGAUGAUCACGGAAUAAAAAAUCAUGCGGAUAUUCGAUGAACUACAAAAAGGAAAAAAACGUCGUAAAAAAUACUGAUAAGUUGUAGCAUUUAUUAGAAUACCACACGGUAAAUAUAUGGUAUCCAGGAAGCUGGGACAAUUGCUUUCAGAAAUAACUACAUUUAAAAUAACAAAGCUAACGUGCGGUAAACUAGCAGCAGCAAAAAAAGAAUGAUGAUAUUCAUUUAUGUUAUUGUAACGACGAUGAAACAUUUAUAUGCCCCACUAUUUAUGUCUGACUAAUUCUUAUGUCACCAUUGACUGCACUAUACUUCUCGCUCUGCUACUCCACCGUAAUCCGUACUCUCUGCCCCAUCUCCCGGCCGCCGAGUUAUAUAUAGUUCAAUUACCACUGCGAGAAAACCACAAAGCGAUAUCUAGAAUGUUGGAGAUCACUUCGCGUCGAUCGGUUGAGGGUUGAAAGGGGUAGGAGGUUGUAAAUGUAGUAUUAGUCAGACGUUUUUAUCACUCAGAAGUUUCUGAUCCCUGUAACAACUGGAAAAUUAAAUGAUAAAAGUCCGAUGUAUAAUGUGCUCAUAAAUAUCUUGGCAAUGCGUGCACGGAGCGAUGCUGCGUCGUCGUGGAGGCCACUGCCGACUGUGCAAUCGGUAACAGAUUCCAACUGGUCUGUGGUGGUGUCAUCAGUGACACAUCGCUACGGGAAGAAUAUUUAUAAAUUUUAAGUUAUAUAUUCUGGCAAUAUUUGGAUAUCAGGAGUACGUACCAUUUUAGUGUUCUGCGAUGCUUUUGUAAAUGAUGACUUUACUGUUUUUAUAUGUACACAUGUAUUUUUCUGAAUUUUAUGAUCCUUAAAUGUACCCACCCAUUUCGCCUAACUUUUAAUUUGUGUUGCUCAGUGGUGUUGCAGUUUUUCAGAAAUAAGAACCCAGUGUCGUGCCAAUUUGUAGUUUCGCUAAAGUUAGUUUUAGGUAAAUUUAGUAUAUUAAUUGAAUUUAUUACCCAUUGCUCUGUAAAUGGUGUAUACUGUUGGGCAAUAUAUGCUUUAUUACUAUUAUUAUUAUUAUCUCUGUCAGAAUUGAUGAAAUCCCAUUUCAAAAAGAGUCAGGAGAAAAUACGAUUUCGGGAAAAUUCUUUUUAAUUCUGACAUUCUGAAAAUAAUCCGAAUUACAAAACUUUCUAAGUGCCACUUUCAUAGUUACCUAAAUGCACAACUUUACCCCAUAACCCUACCUCUUAUCGAGGUCCGAGUUUUGAAUAUCUUUCAAAAAUUGAUUAACUGCGGACCAACGGGCAAACGAAAAAGUUGAAAAAUCUCCAUUUUCAACGUUCCAGUCCGUGAUAGAUUUUGACGUUUCACAGUUUUAAGAACAGUUCAAAAC